GAGUUUUGAACAAUUAUGGCAAGCAUUUUAUCAUCGGAUUCACUGCUCAAUAUCGAGGAUAUCAAAAUUAUGGUUACAUUGGAUUGUCAAUUCUCGCGCCAUACGACACAAACAUAACAAUAUUUAGCAGAAAACGAAGUGCACCACUGAACUAUACCACCCAUAUUAAAGGAGGAGAAGUAUUUGAGUACAAACUACCAGUAUCUCUUCGAAUGGAGGGUACAGGAAAGCAAAUGAACGGUAUUGAAAUUUUGUCAACUAAUAAUAUUUCUGUGUUAUGUUUGAAUCACUACUCCACUUCCGCAGAUGGGUAUCUGGCUUUACCAACCAAUACUUUAGGUUUGACUUACGUCACUGCAUCAUAUCAACCUUAUAAUUCAGACUCGCGAGCAAACCUUGCCAUCAUAUCAGCUUAUGAAAACAACACAAUCACUUUUGUACUCAGCAAAAGUGCAGUCGUAAAAUAUCGCGGCCUCCUAUACGAUAAAGGUACACCACUUUUGUAUGCAACCUUAGCUCUCGAAAAACUGGAAGCACUGCACAUUUCAGGUUUGUCAGAUUUAUCUGGAACAAUUGUUCUUGCAAGUAAGCCAGUGGUUGUGAUAUCCGGCGUAGAUCGAGCAAGUCCAUCUGGUUCUAAAGGAUCGUAUGAUAUGCUUGAAUCAUUCCUGUUACCUACCUCUUUGUGGGGAAAACAGUACAUAUUGACUACAGUUAGAACGUCUGAUAAGAAAAAAGGGGAUGUUUUUAGAAUUUUUGCCUAUGAAAAUAAUACUGUGGUUGAAAAUGCAUACUGGACCAAAGUUUUGUCAUCAGGGUCAUACACAGAAUUGAAGUUGGAAGAAAAUCUUGCUUCAUUUGUUACAUGUAGUAACCCAUGCCAAGUGAUUCAAUACAUCAGAGGCGAGUCAGUUGAUGGGAAAUAUGCUGACCCUUCAAUGAUAGUUCUCCCAUCCGUUAGCCAAUUCGUUUCGUACUACCGUGUGGUACUUCCUUAUGGUUCCCAGUAUUUUGAUUCAAUUACAAUAGUGAUAAAAAAUGAAUACAGCGAGGGCUUAUACCUGAAUGAAAUACAAAUUACUGGCGCAGAGUGGAAGAAAAUCAAUGGAACGAAUUAUGUAUGGAGAGUCGUUAGUUUUUCCAAUCAAAAUAGCGUUAUAGUCUAUCAUACUUCGUCGGCAGUAAAAUUUGGUCUCCUUGUAUUUGGUUGGAACAAUGGUGUUUCAUACGCUUACCCUGGUGGACUUGCUUUAUCGAACUUCUCAAAUGGUAAGUUGUUUUCAUUUCAAAUUAUAUUCUGUGUUUCUUUGUUCACUGAACAAUUAAAAUGUUUUAAGUACAGAACAUGCAGUCGUCUUUUUGUUCGGUCAGCCAAAUAA